UUUAUUCAAAAUUCUUCGGUUACGUUCAACUGAUUUACUGCUGAUAAACGGCGUUUGAAUGGGCACAGGUUGUCUCUGUAUCUUUACGACGGUGUAGAGUAUUGAAAAAUUUCGGUCUUUUGUAGUUAUCGAAUAGAACAUUUCAAUUUUACGAUCAUCAGUCGACCCUCUGGCAUGUCCGGAUCGAAAGCACAUUUAUCUAAAGUUGCGAGUCAAAGUAGCUUUCUCGACUUCAGUCCUAGUGCCGAGGGAAACAAAGAAAAUGCACAGUCCAGCGAAGAAGGGGGUAUUGUAAACAAAAACUUUGAUCCUGAUGUUGGUGGAAAUUUAUUGAGAGUACCAUCCCAAGAGUCAAUGGCAUCUACAGCCACCUAUCAGAGCAAUGCCUCAAGCCUGGUUCAAGUGAGACCUGUCGACGAUCAGGAUGGAGCUGUUACUGCUGACUUCGAUGAAGAUGAAUCAUGGGAAUAUGGAGAGCAGUUGGAAAAGAGUAUGCCCAGUCACCAGUUCCGUUCUAUCAGGGGUCUUCCAUCAGAAAAUGCAAUGAAAAAGGGGGUACGAAGGACUUUGAAGAGCAGAGCUCAAACUUCUCGUGCCUCCCUGAGAAGUUUGUCUCGUGACAGUGGAGGUGAUACUGAAAGGGUCUAUGAAGAUCAAGUGCUUCGUGAUACAGAGUUUACACCAGAAGAAUUUGCAGAACUGACAAAGAGAAGACAGUCUAUAAAGGAAAUGCCCACAUCAAUCAGACGAAAGCGCAGUCUUAGAGAGAAUGUUGCCACAUCAGCAAUUCAAAGGGGGAAAACAAAGCGAAUUAGUGCCUGGAAACAAUUCAAGUUUGCAUUUGCAAUGGGCUGGCAGCAUUUUAAGGAUGGCUGUAAAGAGAUUCUGUAUUCCUUGGAUUUGUGGAGGGGUCAUCUAAAAUUAAUUCAUGGAAUGUUUGGUUCAGGAGUGAUGUCAUACUUUGUGUUACUGCGCUGGCUGUUCCUUCUUAACAUUGUGAUACUGCUGUUAACAAUCUUUUUCCUGUUCAUACCACAAAUUAUCUAUGGUCAGAGCUCAGAGAGCAACAAUGCUUCUUUCACAGGAUGGGAACUGCUCACAGGAGAGGGCUGGUUUGCUGCCACAGAAUUGUACUAUGGUGCAUACACCAACCAACGUAUAACUGAAGUAGAUGAUUUUGAGUAUAACAUGCCCAUGGCAUACCUGUGUGUUGGAGGUGGCUAUCUGCUGUUGUGUCUGGUAAUGCUUGUGUACAGUAUGGCAAACUCCUACAGAGAGAACUACAUAUACUCUGGGGAUGAAUUUAGUUUCUAUGCAUCAAAAGUGUUUUGCUCUUGGGAUUAUGGAAUCACUGACAGGAGUGCGUCAUUGUUAAAACAUAAAAGUGCUUUUAAUGAACUUCAGGAAGCCAUUGCUGAACAGAGUUAUUCAGUGACCCGUACUUUGAAUGAAAAGUGCGAACUGUUUUGGUUUCGUGUCUUCACAAAUUUCAUUGUCCUGGCCUUGAUGGGAGGAUCAGCAUAUCUCAUCUUGUUUUCUGCAGGCCUCUCACUACAAUCAUCAGAUAACGUUGCUGUGUUGGAGAAACUUUUGCUUCCACUAGUGGUAUCUGGCAUCAACCUGAUUAUGCCAAUGGCCUUUCGCAUUAUUGCAACUUUAGAAAGAUACAAGAGUCCUCGCACUGCCAUAAAUGUCAAUUUGGCAAGAACCACUUUGAUGAUGCUGAUUUCGGUAACAAUGGUUGUUGUCCUGUUGUUUGUGGACAUUCAGCAAUGCAGGAAUGAUGGGGAACUUAUCGGCUCAGAUAAGGGGUGUGACAAACUUAUUCAAAACUGUUGGGAAAAUUAUGUUGGAUACGCUUUCUAUCGACUUGUCAUUGUUGACUUUGUUUUCCUGUUGUUAUCAACCUUCUUUGGUGAAUUUGUCCGAAGGAUUGUUAUUGUUAACUGUCAGUGUUGCCAAGCACUGGGUCCACCUGGCUUUGACAUUUCAAGAAACGUCAUUGAUCUGAUAUAUUCACAGUGUCUGUGUUGGAUUGGCACGUUCUUCUGCCCUAUGUUACCAGUUAUUCAAGUGAUAAAGCUCUUUAUCUUGUUUUAUGUGAAAAGGACAAGUGUGGUGAUGAACUGCCGUGCAUCCAUGAGGCCUUUCAGAGCAUCCAGGAUGAACCUUUUGUUUCUGUUUUUACUGGCUGUGUCCUUCUUUCUGUCCAUGAUUGUGAUAGGAUAUACUAUAAUGUCAUCAGACGUAACCAACCCUUCACAAUUGUGUGGUCCUUUCCGAGGGAACAAUUUCAUGUACGAAGUUGUAACAGAAACAGUUGACAAGUUUCCAAAGUGGCUGCAAGUAACCAUAGAGUAUGCAUCCUCUGCAAGUUUUAUCGCAUUGUUGUUCUGUAUUCUUGGGAUCAUUGUCUAUUAUUUUAAAAUGCUCAAGGAUUCAAAUGAAAAGAAGAUAAAACUAUUGAAAGAACAAAUUUCCUUGGCUGGUCGAGAUAAGCUCUAUCUGAUCAAGAGAAUCAAGCAGGGAAUGAGCAUGCCGGUGGACGCCAACCUGCAGUGAUUUCCAAGUGCUUUGAAUGAGUCAUGUCACCCUUCUUUAAUUUAUUGUAACAUUUUCAUCUGGAUGCUCAGACUAUCCUAAGUUGCUCGUUGGGAUUCAUACAUUCUUCAAACCUGAGGUGUAAGAUUUGUCUGAUAAUCAUUGAUAAAAAGUAUUCUGACUCAUAAAGGGAGGAGAGAACAUGCACCCCAGGACCCCUCAGCUCCUGCCACUCCUUCCUUGACCAUGUGAUUUUCUUCUGCACCAAACCAAUAUUUUGAAUAAGUCAUGAAUAUCACAAUGAUUGACUUAAAAUGUGUGCAUCAUGAUGUUAUGUCUUGGGUUGUUACUCAUAUUUUUAUAGUCUUGCUAAGUCUAAUAAGCUUGAGCAUUUCUUUUAAGUAACAGCUGCUUCAUAAGGAGGCACUAGUGUUGUUGAGAACAGCCUGUUAAAGGUUUUUACACUAUUUUGUCCCAUGAAACUUGGAGAGAUUAUAUUUCAGCAUGUGUUUUUUUCAGGGGAUACAAAGGUGAACGGUUUUUGCAAUCCCUUUCUGAUGCAUGACCCACAAUUCAUGCUCUCUUCAUGUUUGCAUGGUGCUCAUCUCCUUCUCAAGCUCAAGCCUUACCCCUGUCUCCACUUUCCCUGAAAAAGCAAAAAUUGACAAGGUCUUCAUGGGCUUUUAUAAUUUUUUCUCUGUAGAGAUUGCCUUUACAGUGGUAUGCAAACUUUUGUUAAGAAUUUUGACAUAAUUGUAUCUUAGUAUGAUUGUAACAUAAAGUAGUCUUAAUUAUGUUUUAAUAGUUUUACAGUGAUCCAAAUUUUGAUAGCAUGAUUAAUGAGAUGUAGGUACACUUUGUAAACCUUAGCUAAGUAAUUUAAGUUAAAAUGUAGUGAUACAAUAAUGGGAUUUUUUUAAUUAAUGUACAUGAUGUUUUAAUAAAUUGUAUUGAAUAGCUGAUGAAACUGU